AGAGGAAUUUGGCCACCGAAGCGCUAGGGGCGCUCGAAGCCAAGACCGGUGUCGACAAGCGGUACUUGGCCGCGGCCCCUCCUAUAGGACCCAGAGUGAGGCGGUUAUAAUUGCAGAGAUCACAUAUUCAUUCAACAAACACGGGGCAGCCACUCGGUACAGACCAGUCCUGAGGUGCCGGCCUGCCCUUGGAGUGUUCACAGUCCCGCGGUGGAGACUGACAUGAGCCGCCACUCUGCUAAGCCUGUGUCUACUGUUCGGGUACGGGGCGUCUCUGCUGUGCAAUCUCAUCGGCUUUGCAUACCCCGCAUAUGCUUCGAUCAAAGCUAUCGAGAGCGCAAGCAAAGAGGACGACACUGUGUGGCUCACCUACUGGGUGGUAUACGGCCUGUUUGGGCUGGCCGAGUUCUUCAGCGAUCUACUCCUGUCCUGGUUCCCUUUCUACUACGCGGGCAAGUGCGCCUUCCUGUUGUUCUGCAUGGUUCCCGGCCCCUGGAACGGGGCUCACAUGCUGUAUCAUCGCGUCAUACGUCCACUGUUUCUAAAGCAUCACGAGGCCGUGGACAGCAUCAUGAGCGACCUCAGCGGGCGGACCCUGGACGUGGCAGCCGGAAUAACGAGGGACAUCCUGCAGGCCCUGGCCCGCAGCCGGGCUCUCAUCACCCCGGCGGCUGCGGCAGUGGGCCCCUCACUGCCCUCGGAGCCGACUGGCGCUCUCUCCACAGCCAAAGCAAGCGUGACUCAGCUCUGGAAGGACAGGUGAAGUGCCUGCCCAGCCCCUGUGCAGAAAAGCCGGCCGGCCAGUUACACUCCAAGGCCUCCGCGGAUCCCCCAGCCGACUCCCCAGUGGAGUCCACCGCCAGCCCCGCGUCCCCAAGCAAGCCAGCCCUCAGGAGCUCCACCAACUUGGGCCACUCCCAGCCUCGAUCCCCCGCCACUGGCCCUGCCAAUGGCACCCAGCUGCCUGGCAAGCUCCGGGGUGGGCUUCGGUCUCAAGCCAACUCCUCCAGCCAGCCCCAGGCCCCAGGGCAGCCCCAGGCUCGCGGGCAGUCCCAGCCACCCCGACAGCCCCAGGUCCACGGUCGGCAGCACGCCCGGCCCUCCAUCACUGCCUCAGGCCCUUCCCAGACGGCCCACCAGUCCUCAGGCUCCGCGCAGCGUCCCAGCACCUCCUCCAGCCAGGGACCCCCCCUUGUGCAGUCUCCCAGUGGCACCACCAUCCCCCCUCAGCCCCCCAACAAGACCCCCGAUGGACCAGGGGCCUCAGCCCCCAACUCCAGCAGACGGCAUCAGAAACGGCCCACAACAAAAGCCACCAGCAGCACCUCGGUGCCCAAGCUGCCCGCCGCCUGCCAAUCUGAGUCCUCCCUGGAGUACUCCUCAGAGUCCACCACUGAGGCCACCUGCAGCUGGCCCCACCACAGACACGGGUUCCGCUACCUGCAGCACUGCUGGCGGCUGAAGCACCUGGCCUGCUAGGGAGGGCUCAGUAAAGCUCAUCUGGACCAGCCUUAUCUCACCGUCUGUCCGCCGGGCUCCAGGGGGCGGGACUUCAUGGGCACAGGGUCUCCUCCAACCGGGGCAGGUGCUGGGCAGCCCCACUUUACAGAUGAGAAAACCGAGGCUCAGAAUGGAGGUGUCACCAAGUGGCUGAGAAGGACACGAGCCUCGGCAAUCCUUGUCCUCACGCUUUCUCUCUCCCCUCCUGGGGUAGCUCUCAGGCCCACUCACCACAAUCCCCUUCUCUUUUUUUUGGCCGUGCAA